UGCGGGCGGUGUAUGUGCUGAACGAGACGGCGAAGCCGCAGAGCGCGGAGCGGGGGGCCCUGCGGUGCCUGGAGCGCGCCUGCCGGACCCUGGGCGCCGCCCUGCUCGCCCUGCCCUUCGGACAGCUGGACUUCGGGGAGACUCAGAUCCUCGACUCCUUCUACAACGCGGACAUUGCUGUGGUGGAUAUGAGUGAUGUUUUCCGGCAGCCAACGUAUGUUUAUCAUCUGGGGGUUCGAGAAAGCUUUGACAUGGCGAACAGCGUGAUUCUGUACCAUGACACUGACCUGGACACUAUGCAUUCAUUUAAGAACAUGGUUUCUCAGAAGAACAUGGCCUCCAGAGGGAAAUAUUAUAUAAUUCCUUAUGUGAUAACAACUAAUGAUGACAUUCUGUGCUGUGAGAAUGACGUACAACGAAGAGUCUCAGAGUACCUGCAGCCAAAUUGGGACACCUUACUGGGACCUUUCUGCCAACCCCUGGUGGAGAAAUUUAUCAGUCUCCUGAAGGAUAUUGACAUUACCUCAUGUGCGCAUGUCAAGGAUACGCUGUUGAGUGACAUUAGAAAGGCAAGGGAGAAGUAUCAUGGUGAGGAUCUUGCCAAGGAGUUGGCACGCAUUAGAUUGCGAUUAGACAGCACCGAGGUCCUCACACCUGACAUCAUAACCAACCUGCUUUUCUCGUACAGAGACAUUCAGGACUACGAUGGCAUGGUGAAGCUAGUGGAGACCCUGGAGGGUCUGCCUACCUGUGACCUGGCUAAUCAGUACAACAUCAAGUUCCACUACGCAUUUGCAUUGAACAGGAGGAACAACCAGGGUGACAGGCAAAGGGCUUUAAAUAUAAUGCUUCAAAUCCUGAAGUCAUAUGACCAGCCAGCACCUGACAUGUAUUGUUUGUGUGGAAGAAUUUACAAAGACCUCUUCCUUGACUCACACUGCAAGGAUACAACCACCCGGGACAAUGCGAUCGAAUGGUACCGUAAAGGUUUUGAGCUCCAACCAACCUUGUACGCGGGCAUUAACCUGACUGUGUUCUUAAUUGUUGCUGGACAACAAUUUGAAACCUCGAUGGAACUGAGAAAAAUCGGCAUGCGGCUGAAUAGUUUGCUGGGCAGAAAAGGAAGACUGGAAAUGAUGAACAACUACUAUGAUGUGGGUCACUUCCUUGUUGUAAGUCUGCUUGCCAAAGACUUUGACAAGGCUGUGCAAGCAGCUGAGAAGCUCUUUAAACUCAAUCCCCCUUUCUGGUUCCUGAGGUCAACAGUUCAGAACCUGACAUUAAUUCAGCAGUUCUGGAAACAAAAUGUGGAGAAUUCUUUGAAACGGGAAAGUCUCAACUUCUGGCUGGACAUCAUUGUGGAAACAACGGAGAGCAUCACCAAUAGAUUACGCUUCCCAGUUCUGAUUCUAGAGCCAACCAAAGUCUACCAGCCAUCUUACAUCUCAAUAAACAGCGAAGCUGAUGAGAAAACUGUCUCUAUUUGGCACGUCUCACCCGAAGAAGUGGGAAUUUAUGAAUGGAAUUUCACAGCCUCAUCUAUCAAGGGCAUAAGCAUUUCAAAAUUUGAUGAGCGCUGCUGCUUCCUGUAUGUCUAUGACAACUCUGAAGAUUUUCAGAUCUAUUUUUCCACAGAGGCUCAGCGUAGCAGGUUUUGUCACUUGGUGAAGGAAAUUAUAGAUAAAGUGGGAAAUAGCUUGGAAUUUGAGGUGGAUAAUGAUGGUGACACACUGGAGUAUGAAUAUGACUUGGAUGAGACUGGAGAAAGAGUGGUAUUGGGUAAAGGCAUGUAUGGCCUGGUCUAUGCUGGGCGGAACCUAAGCACUCAAGUCAGAAUAGCAAUCAAAGAAAUACCAGAGAGAGAUUGCAGGUACUCCCAACCUCUCCAUGAGGAGAUAGCUCUGCAGAAGUACCUUAAGCAUCGGAAUAUUGUGCAGUAUCUCGGCUCGAUCUCCGAAAAUGGCUUUAUCAAGAUAUUCAUGGAGCAAGUGCCAGGAGGCAGCCUUUCUGCACUCCUGAGAUCCAAAUGGGGUCCAUUGAAAGAUAAUGUGUCUACCAUUGUGUUUUACACCAGACAGAUACUGGAAGGACUCAAGUACCUUCAUGAAAAUCGGAUAGUACAUCAAAACAUCAAGGGAGACAAUAUACUGGUAAACACGUACAGCGGGGUGGUGAAGAUCUCCGAUUUUGGAAUGUCCAAGAGGCUAGCAGGAGUGAAUCCAUGUACUGAAACAUUUGCUGGAACAUUGCAGUAUAUGGCUCCAGAGAUUAUAGACAAAGGUCCUCGAGGAUAUGGCACACCAGCAGAUAUAUGGUCCUUGGGCUGCACUAUCAUUGAAAUGGCAACAGGGAAACCACCAUGCUGUGAAUCAGGAGAGCCUGAAGCAGCAGUGUUUAAGGUGGGAAUGUUUAAAAUCCAUCCGGAUAUCCCCAAAUCCAUGUCAGCAGAAGCGAAGGCUUUCAUCCUGCAGUGCUUUGAGCCUGAUCCCCGUAAUCGAGCCACUGCUGUUGAUUUGCUCAAAGACCCAUUCCUCAGACAAAAGAUCAAGGGCAAGAAGCAUAAAAUUCAAGCCUUCAAGCCAAGUGAGUGCAACCAGAGUGUGUCACUUCCCACCCCAAUCCAUAAUGAUAAUGUGGGCAGCAGUGGGAGUGAGCACGGAUCUGUGUCGCCUGACUCUGACUCGAAACACGAUGUAUUCUUCGAGAGAAAACAAUGCAUCUCCAAUCAGACUUCAUUCAAUGAGGAUCAAAAUAGUGCAGUUGCUUAUGAUGAAGUAGAUACAGGCCUUUUUCUGCUAAAGAAAGACAGUGAACGCAGGUCCAUUCUCUACAAGAUCCUGAAUAUGGACCUGAAUCAAGUUGUUUCAAACUUGCUGGAAAGUUUUUCACAGGGACACGAGGAGCUUAAGCUGUCAAUUGAGCACAUAAAGCAAGUUAUUGGUAUUUUGCGAAAUUUCAUUCACUCCCCAGAGAGGAGAGUGAUGGCCACAACUCUCUCCAAACUCAAGUUGGACUUGGAUUUUGAUAGCAUCUCAAUAAACCAGAUUCAGCUGGUAUUAUUUGGAUUCCAGGAUGCGGUUAAUAAGGUUUUGCGAAAUCAUCACAUCAAACCCCACUGGAUGUUUGCAAUGGACAAUAUUAUCCGCCGUGCAGUGCAGGUUGCAGUCACCAUUCUCAUUCCAGAAUUGCGUACUCACUUUGACUUUGGCCCUGCUUCUGAGAGUGAGUGGGUGGACACAGACAAGCUGGAGGAGCUAUCAUCUGUCGACAACCAGAGAGAGCAGCCACUACACCAGAAACCAAUCAGUGUCUCUGGAACAAGCACCUUCAAUCCAGUCUCACCUCUCAAUGUCCAACAUCUACAUCAUCCACUGAGUGUGCAGCUGGAGAGACUUAAGCUGGAAACGAACAGGCUUUUGGAAAACCUGGUCCACAAGGAGAACGAGUGUCAAAAUCUCCUUCGACAAGCAAUUGAGCAGAGAGACUGGGAAUCACAUCUUCUGCAGUUAAAAUCCAAAGCUUUAGAUGUCUCGCCUCAUUUGGGAUCUCAGCUAGCUGCCUGCCACAGAGAGGAUCAGGAGCUCAUUCAAUGGCUGCGAGAACAAGGAGCAGACACAGUCACGAUAGAGAGGUUUCAUGCAGAAGCUUAUUCACUGAUGGAUAUUCUUGAACAUAUUACAAAAGAUGAUCUGCGACAACUCCAACUCAGAGGUGGGAUUCUUUGCCGAAUCUGGAAUGCUGUAUUAAAGUUCAGGAAAACACCCAAAGUGGAAGAUUAGGUGCAUUAACACAUGCUGUCCGUGUUCCAGAGAAUAUUUUAUUUGAAGACCAAAGCCCUUAAUUUAUUGUAAUGUGUGACUACAAAUGUAUUGAGUUUGCCCUUUUGCACAGACAUUGAUUUGUAUCAAGCACUUAUAGGUCAUGUACACUGUGGGCAUUCAAUGGAAAAGGUAACAGUGGGGGCCUGCAUAAACUCCUCAGAGGAUGUGUGAAGGAUUAGGGAUGGGCCAAGUACACCAAACCUCAAGAUGUGAAGAACAACCCCUAGAUAGUUUAUUUUCUUCCUGGAAUGACUGAAAUUUAACUGUAAUUUAGACUUAAAUUAGAAAUAACAAAUAACACACUCCCAAAGAGCCUUUUAUACUUCAAAACUUUCACAAAACACUUUUAAAUUACUUAAGAUGGAUAUGAAGGUAGGUGACCAGGGUGCUCUGUAGUCAAAUAGCUCAGUCACAAAACUGCAACUAACUUUCCUGCAAGUGGUUCACCUUUUUACAUUUCUAUUCAUAGAGAAUUCUUGCAACAUUUUAGUACUUGAAUUUAUAUUGUGUCCUUCACAUAGGAUAACCGCUUGGAGCCCUUGACAAAGGAAGAGUCGGAACCCAAGUGAGGGAUGAGGAGGUAGUGAGUGUAAUAUAAAUAAUCCUUAUAUUUUAUAUAGUAUCUUUUCAAGUCAUUGAAACAUCUCACAGCAUUGCAUUGUAGUGUGGCGACAGUCCAUUUGGAAGGUAAAUGCAGCAGCCAAUUAGCGCUGACCCACUGACAGCCAUGAAGUGGAU